CGUCAGGCAGGGGCGGGCACGUUAAAGCCACAUUUACGCUUUCUGCUGAGUGUAGUGAAGUGUGUGCAAGAGGUUUCCACGCCGGUUUGACUAAAGCUGUACAAAUUACUUGAGGUUUAGGUGUUCAUUUAUUGAAUUCAGAAGUUAGUUAACGCACCGAACAACAGAUGAAACGGAGUAGCUGACUGUUAAUGACAAGUUAACUCGAAAAGUGAAAACAUGGAGACGUAGUAAAGGCUAAAUGCCACUGAAUAGCCUGAAAUACGUCUCCACAUUAGGAGCACUUUACUAACAAUAAUAGUCCAGCGGAGGCUGGCAGCAUGGCGGGCAAGGGUCGCGGAGUGGCCGCCUUCACCUUCAACAUUGAGGCUCUGGGCAUCGGCAGGGGCAGCAUGCCAGAAGCCAGGGUGGGGCCCAGCCCGCUGUAUCCAAACACAGACUUUAAGCCGGUGCCUCUGAAAGCCGGGGAGGAUGAGGACUACAUGCUGGCCUUAAAACAGGAGAUGAGGGGAACGAUGCAGCAGCUACCACAUAACAUCAAGCCUCUGUCCAAUAAAGCAGAAGUGGAGAGAUACACGGAGAGAUACCUGAAGCAAAAACAGAUGGACGAUGAGAAUUGGACUCCAGACUGGAACCUCCUCCCAAAAGAAUUGAUGCCUCGAAAGAAGACAACUCGCCCUAAACCAGACGCGAAGAAGAAACGUGUGAAGAUAUCGCGCAAAGACACAGAGGCUAUGCUGACUAAAUUAGACGAACUGGCAAAGAAAGACGACGGGAACCCUGAAAAAUCUGAUGAUGAAACAGAAAAGAAAAAAGGGAAUAAUGAAGAGGAGGAAGAAGAAGAAAUUGAAGCGGAAGAAUAUGACGAAGAGGAUAUUGAAGAGGAAAACGACUACAUCGACAGCUAUUUUGACAAUGGCGAAGAUUUUGGUGCGGGCAGCGAUGACAAUAUGGACGCAGAGGCCACAUACUGACACCGUGGCUCAUCCAUACUAACUCUCUGAAGUAAACAAUCAUGUGGUUGUCUCUAUUGGUUACAUGUUUUAGAUUCGUUGGAGAUGCUGUUAAGCAGAGCGAUAGGUUUUUGGUUUGCUUUAUUUUGAGAGGAAAGCUUUCCCUUUAAAGACUUUUGUAAAUAAGAAAUGCCAAACUAUGUGCACACUGGCAAUAAUUUAUUCAAAAUAGAUGUAUUUAUUUUCCAGCCUGUGGCAUAUUUCCACAGGUUGAAAGGCACAUACUGUCAACAUGUACUGCUUUUUCAGAAAGUAUCAAGUGGACACAGUGAUAAAAUAAAAGGGCUAUAUCACAAA